AUGGCUGACAAUGGAGUUCCUCAGGCCAAUCAAGCCGAACUCAUGGCCCAGCUGGCCGAAUUACAGGCAGAAGUCAAGAGAUUAGCUGAGCUAUCCACACAAAACAGCAAGCAAGAGGAAAACAACUCCAAAGGUCCAACCCAAGGUCGAGCCGAUCUAAUAGGUGUCAACCCCCCCAAGGAAAAGCUGACCUUGGACAAUCCGUUCUCCGAGGAGAUAACAAACUACCAAAUGCCAAAACAUUUCACUCUCCCUUCUUCCCUUGAGCCGAUCAAUUGCCUCUUCGAAGAAUUAGCUAGGUCAUUCAUCGACUAUUUCGCGGCAGCUCGGAUUUAUGUGCAUGGAUCGGACUAUCUCAGCACCAUUCGCCAGGGCCCACAAGAAAGUUUAAAGGACUACAUGACCAGGUUCACAGACGCCACCAUGGAAAUACCUGACCUGAACCCAGUCGUCCACCUACAUGCCCUCAAAGCUGGUCUCAGGCCCGGAAAGUUCAGAGAAAUCAUCGCAGUGACCAAGCCAAAAACACUGGACGAGUUUCGGGAAAGAGCAGCGGGACAAAUUGAGAUCGAAGAGCUCCGAGAAGCCGACAAAACAGAAAGGAGGCCGAGGAAAGAGGAUGACAGAUCUUCCAGAUCGGCAAAUGCUAAAGACCUCGGUAGAUCAUUCAAGCUCACUCCGAAAUUCGAUAACUAUACCAAAUUCAACACAAAGAGGGAAAAAAUAAUCAAAGAAAUACUCAAUGCCAAGAUUAUAAAACCACCAGCCAGAGCAGGAAGCUACCAAGAUCAAAGAUUCGUUGAUACAAGCAAACACUGUGCCUUCCACCAAAAAUAUGGCCAUACAACCGACGAAUGUGUGAUAGCCAAAGAUCUCCUUGAGAGAUUGGCACGGCAGGGCCUCCUGGACAAGUACAUUGAGGGCAGAAAACACAGGGAAAGCAAUAAGGAAGAACGUCAACAAACCUCGGCCAAUAAAGACACCAACAAGUGGUCGAACAAUAGCCCACCCAAAGGCGUCAUAAACUGCAUAUCUGGAGGAUUCGCAGGAGGGGGUGAAACGAUCUCAGCAAGGAAACGAAGCUACCGUGCAAUGUUAGCAAUCGAAGAAACAACACUGCCAAGCAACAAAAACACAUCUGACCUAGAAAUCACGUUCAACCAAACUGACAUAUGCUCGGCCGCUCCAAACUCGGACGACCCGGUGGUAAUAUCCAUCCAAACCGGCGACCUUAUAGUAAGAAAAGUCCUUUUGGACCCAGGUAGUAGUGCAGAUGUCCUUUUUCAUUCUACCUUCUUAAAAAUGAAUCUGUUUGAGAAACUAAUACAGCCUUCGUCCGGGGAAUUAGUAGGAUUCUCUGGCGAAAGAGUACCAGUCAAAGGUUACAUACGGCUAAGGACGACGAUGGGAAAUAACCCAUUAUCAAAAACCUUAGACAUACAAUACCUAAUAGUUGACUGCCCCAGCCCUUACAAUAUUAUCCUCGGACGACCUGCUCUGCAUAUGUUCAGGGCAGUCGUAUCUACUUAUCAUCUGUGUGUUAAGUUUCAGGCUCAAGAUAGCAAGAUAGCGACAAUACAUUCUGACCGACAACAAGCUCGGCAAUGCUACAAUGCUAGCUUAAAAAGAUCGGACAUAAGCCACAAACAAAGUGAGGUCCACUCAAUAAAUGGCACAGAAAUCUUGUCCCUGGCCGAGCUUGAUCCUUGA